CGAUCGCGAAAGGGGCGACCGUGCCAGGGGCCGCUGCACGCGAGGGCGGAGGCCAAGCGGGGCCCCCGCUGCGCCCCGGCGGCUCGCCUCGCCUAGUCCCCCCUGCUCAGCGCCGAGGACUGGAGAUGAGUUCCCCGGAGUCUGGAUUGAUGAAAAUAUGCACCAAUUUAAUACUGUCUUGGAAUUCAUGAGGUGGAAGCAUAGAUCAAAGCUGUUUUGAGAAAGUUGGAAUUUUAUCUAGCCACAUCUCUGAGGAGCCAGGAGAAAGCAGUGAAAUUGGAGUCAUUGUCAAGUGAUUGCAGUCUUUUACGAGAAAAAUCUCAUUGACUAAAGGUCAUUUAAAUUAGUGAAAUAACCAACUCAGUUACUAAAGGUGACUGUGCAGGAAACAUUAAAAAUCGAACAAUGACUCAGCUGUAUAUUUGCAUCAGAUUAUUGGGAGCCUAUCUGGUCAUCAUUUCUCAUAUUCAAGGGCAGAAUCUAGACAGUAAGCUCCGUGGCACAGGGAUGAAAUCAGACUCUGACCAGAAGAAGUCAGAAAAUGGAAUAACCUUAGCACCCGAGGAUACCUUGCCUUUUCUUAAGUGCUACUGCUCAGGACAUUGCCCAGAUGAUGCUGUUAAUAACACCUGCAUCACUAAUGGGCAUUGCUUUGCCAUCAUAGAAGAAGAUGACCAAGGAGAAACCACAUUAGCUUCCGGGUGUAUGAAAUACGAAGGAUCUGAUUUUCAGUGCAAGGAUUCACCAAAAGCCCAGCUACGAAGAACAAUAGAAUGUUGCCGGACCAAUUUAUGUAACCAGUAUUUGCAACCUACACUGCCACCUGUUGUUAUAGGUCCAUUUUUCGAUAACAGUGUUCGGUGGCUGGUUGUGCUCAUUUCUAUGACUGUCUGCAUAGUUGCGAUGAUCAUCUUCUUCAGCUGCUUUUGUUACAAACAAUAUUGCAAGAGCAUCUCAAACAGACGUCGUUAUAAUCGUGAUUUGGAGCAAGAUGAAGCAUUUAUUCCAGUUGGAGAAUCAUUAAAAGACCUUAUUGACCAGUCACAAAGCUCUGGUAGUGGAUCUGGACUACCUUUAUUGGUUCAGCGAACUAUUGCCAAACAGAUUCAGAUGGUUCGGCAAGUUGGUAAAGGCCGAUAUGGAGAAGUGUGGAUGGGUAGAUGGCGUGGUGAAAAAGUUGCAGUCAAAGUGUUUUUUACCACUGAAGAAGCUAGCUGGUUUAGAGAAACUGAAAUCUACCAAACUGUGCUUAUGCGCCAUGAGAAUAUCCUUGGUUUUAUAGCAGCAGACAUUAAAGGCACAGGUUCUUGGACUCAGCUUUAUUUGAUUACUGACUACCAUGAAAAUGGAUCUCUCUAUGACUUCCUGAAGUGUGCCACACUGGACACCAGAGCUCUGCUCAAGUUGGCCUACUCAGCUGCCUGCGGCCUGUGCCAUUUGCACACAGAAAUUUAUGGCACCCAAGGAAAGCCUGCAAUUGCUCAUCGAGACCUGAAAAGCAAAAACAUCCUUAUCAAGAGGAAUGGAAGUUGCUGUAUUGCAGAUCUGGGCCUUGCUGUUAAAUUCAACAGUGACACAAAUGAAGUUGAUGUGCCCUUGAAUACCAGGGUGGGCACCAAGCGCUAUAUGGCUCCAGAAGUGUUAGAUGAAAGCCUGAAUAAAAACCAUUUCCAACCAUACAUAAUGGCUGACAUCUAUAGCUUUGGCCUGAUCAUUUGGGAAAUGGCUCGUCGUUGUAUCACAGGAGGCAUUGUGGAAGAGUACCAAUUGCCGUAUUACAACAUGGUACCCAGUGAUCCUUCUUAUGAAGAUAUGCGUGAGGUUGUGUGUGUCAAACGGUUGCGGCCAGUUGUGUCUAAUCGAUGGAACAGUGAUGAAUGUCUACGAGCAGUUUUGAAGCUAAUGUCAGAAUGCUGGGCCCACAAUCCAGCCUCUAGGCUCACAGCAUUGAGAAUCAAGAAGACACUUGCCAAGAUGGUUGAAUCCCAAGAUGUAAAGAUUUGACCAUUACAAAAUCAUGAGGAGAAAUUGUAGACUGCCACUGUUUCUUUCACCCAAGGAAUGGGGAAAACAAGGGUGUUAAGUUGGUUCUCAGACUCUUUCUCCUCACUACACGUACUUCACGGGCUGCUAACAUUAAACCUUUCAGUACUCUGUAGAAUAUAAGCUGGGAACUUCUCAACACUUCAGUCUUUCUAUAUGGACAGCUUAUUUUAAAUGUGGUUUUUUGAUGCUUUUUCUUUUUAAUUGUUUUUUUAUGAACUGCAUCAAGACCUCAGUCCUGUUAAUUCUCCAGUCCAAGUCUGGGUACUGAAUUGCCUGUUCAUGAAAUGGUGCUUUCUGUGAAAGCCUUAAGAAGAUAAAUGAAUUUAGCAGAGAUGGAGAAAUAAUAACUUUUGCCUCUACCUGAAAAAAUGUAAUCUGUGUUCUACAUUUGU